GCUACAACCACUAGGAACCUCUCAAAUUAUACAAGAUACAAAUCAGAGUAGAUUUUUACAAUGGCUUAUUGGAGAGAUUCCAGAAUUUGUUCCUAGUCUUGAAGUUACAGAUAAUGAUCCUGUAGAAGAUAUGCGUAAACAAUUAGAAAACCUUCAAAUCAAUCUAACUAAAAUGAAAAAAGCUAUAAAAAAGAAUUUUAGCAAGCCUAAAUCUUCUAAUCGCAAGACCAAAACCAAAUCUAGAACCAAAAAAUCGAGUCGAUCAAAACGUGUUAAUGCUCAUAUAAUUUCAGAUGAAUCAUCUUCAGACUCUAGUGAUAGUGAAAAUAGUAUGACAUCUAGUGAAAAUGAACUUGAAACUAAUACCUUGGCACGUUCAUGGAAUGAAUCAGAAUCUGAUUCUUCUGGGACCAGUGAGUCUAGUAAUUCAGAAAGUGAUUCAGAAGAAUACAAACACAAAAGUGUUAGGCCAAAAACUUCUAGCAAAAAAUCUAGUAAUGCCUCUGAUAAAAAGUGUAGUAAAGAUACUAUGUCACUUAAAAUUCCUACAGAUAAUAUUAGCCUAAAUGCAUUUUUUGCUAUUUUACAGUCAAUGGUUGAUUCAUUUACUCAUACACAACCUAAAGAAGUCUCAAUUAAUG